UUACUGUAGAGAAGAUCAUUAUUUUUUCUGUUUCAUUAACAGAUUAUUAUAAAGCAAUAAGAAUGCAGGAGGAGAAGCAGACGUUUCACACUGGCAAUUAAUGAAAGCAUGUCUGCUCGUGUUUUGGAGGUGGGGAGGUGUUGUUUAAAAUCUUAUACCACUCCUAACACAAAACUCUUCCGGAAUGGUAAAAAAAGGAAAUGUAUGGUUCCAGAGGCAUCCCUAAGCACCCCGGGUCAGGCUAUGUGGUGUCUUGUGAUAUCAUCGGACCUUUUGGAUGGGUCUAACCUGCAAAUGCAAAGGUCAGCUGGGGAAAUCAUUAAAGAAGAAAUCUAAAAGAAGCUUCCAAUGAUUUGGACCGCCCUAAAAGAAAGGAAGAGAAUGUUCGGGGAAGACGAGGGUUCCGGACAGCUGAGGAGGGGGAGGGCGUCCCUGGAGCUGUGGCUUCUCCACGCGAUACCCUAAGGGCAGAGAGAGUGGGUCAGAGGUCCUGAACGACCCUUUCCAACCCCCGACUUCAGAUGCGGGGAGGGAAAAGUUCGGACGCAGCCACAAAGGGACAAACGUCUAAUUUUGCCCGAUCAACAGGACAGGACAUUCAAUAAACCCAGCCGGCUCUGGAAGCGGGUCAGGGAUCCUGCCGGCUGCACAGAGGCUGAAGGAGCCCCUGCCGCCGCCCUAGCCGCCGCCGCCGCCGCGGCCCCUGCGUUACUGGGGGAGACGGUGCCGCUGCGACAGGGGAGGACGCGGCUGGAGCUCAAGGAGGCUUCAGCGCGCAGGCGCCGCCGAGCCCUGCCUGAAUGCUCAGUCAAGGCACUAAGGCAAAAAAAAAAUCAGCAAUUUAUAGAAAGAAGAAGCUAUAGUCUGUCGGGAUAUCCAACACCAACAGUAGGCCUUAUUGAGAGCCCCCUUUCUGGAAAGCGUUGCAAGACUGAGGAAUAUCAGACUGCGAAUCACUGGGAACAGUUUCCUUGCAGCACAGAAGCAAUCUCUCUCCCCAUCUUCGCAUUUUCUGAUGGCAAAUCAAAUGGAAGAGAAGAGGAAGCGUGACUGCAGAUCGGAUCAGUUCUCUUUGUGGAUUACAUUUUCAGUAAAAUGUAUGGAUCUAUCUUUUCCUUGUUCUUAUAUCUAGAUCAUGAGACUUGACUGAGGCUGUAUCUUUAUCCUCCAUCCAUCUAUGGCGAACUAUAGCCAUGCAGCUGACAACAUUUUGCAAAAUCUCUCUCCUCUGACAGCCUUUCUGAAACUGACUUCCUUGGGUUUCAUAAUAGGAGUCAGUGUGGUGGGCAACCUUCUGAUCUCCAUUUUGCUAGUGAAAGAUAAAACCUUGCAUAGAGCACCUUACUACUUCCUGUUGGAUCUUUGCUGUUCAGAUAUCCUCAGAUCUGCAAUUUGUUUCCCAUUUGUAUUCAACUCUGUCAAAAAUGGCUCUACCUGGACUUAUGGGACUCUGACUUGCAAAGUGAUUGCCUUUCUGGGGGUUUUGUCCUGUUUCCACACUGCUUUCAUGCUCUUCUGCAUCAGUGUCACCAGAUACUUAGCUAUCGCCCAUCAUCGCUUCUAUACAAAAAGGCUGACAUUUUGGACGUGUCUGGCUGUGAUCUGCAUGGUAUGGACUCUGUCUGUGGCCAUGGCAUUUCCCCCAGUUUUAGAUGUGGGCACUUACUCGUUCAUUAGGGAGGAAGAUCAAUGUACCUUCCAACACCGCUCCUUCAGGGCUAAUGAUUCCUUAGGAUUUAUGCUGCUCCUUGCUCUCAUCCUCCUAGCCACACAGCUUGUCUACCUCAAGCUGAUAUUUUUUGUCCAUGACCGAAGGAAAAUGAAGCCAGUCCAGUUUGUAGCAGCAGUCAGCCAGAACUGGACUUUUCAUGGCCCUGGAGCCAGUGGCCAGGCAGCUGCCAACUGGCUAGCAGGAUUUGGAAGGGGUCCCACACCACCCACCCUGCUGGGCAUCAGGCAAAAUGCAAACACCACGGGCAGAAGACGGCUCUUGGUCUUAGAUGAGUUCAAAAUGGAGAAAAGAAUCAGCAGAAUGUUCUAUAUAAUGACUUUUCUCUUCCUAACCUUGUGGGGCCCCUACCUGGUGGCCUGUUAUUGGAGAGUUUUUGCAAGAGGGCCUGUAGUACCAGGGGGAUUUCUAACAGCCGCUGUCUGGAUGAGUUUUGCCCAAGCAGGAAUCAAUCCUUUUGUCUGCAUUUUCUCCAACAGGGAGCUGAGGCGCUGUUUCAGCACAACCCUUCUUUACUGCAGAAAAUCCAGGUUACCAAGGGAACCUUACUGUGUUAUAUGAAGGAGCAUCUGUAAAUCUUUAGCCUUGUGAACACUAACCUUCUCUGCUAAGCAUUUGUGGCCUGCAGCCAUAUCUUGAGAAGAAAAUCAAGAAUGGGAUCAGCAGUUAUAAGGAUUUGGGCAACAUUCUGCAGUCUUUGCAAUAGUUCACCUAUAAUCCUAUUUUAAAUCUCAGAGUGAUCCUGCUGACUGCCGGCGAAGGUUUGUAAUUAAGAAAGGACUGAACCACUGCCCUAAGUUUCUUUAUGUGGUUGAAAACUAGAUAAUGAAAGUAGCAGGUGCUAAGUAUCAGUGCUAAAUGCUGUGUAUAUCACUACUUACAAAAAAAAUCAAAAACAAUUAGCAUUGGACAUCUUAAUAAAUUGACAUGAGGUAAAUGUGUUGACAAAAGCUAAUUUUAGAAGUUCAAAGACUUUAAAACAUUUCAUACUAUUAUUGUUUUGCAAAGACUAAAAAAUUUGGGGACUUAAAGUACUGUAAUCCACUAAAGACAUGCCAUGAUUUACUGGAUUACCACACUUUAAAAAUAUCGCCUUGUAAGUUUUGGGGAGCAUUCCAAAGCAGUAUAUUGGUUCCAAUUAGAGUUUACUUUUUUUUUGUAUUAAUACAUUACUAUUUCUAAAUACCACUUUCCUUACCUAGUAGUGAAACUGCUAGCAUUGAACUGUAUCAUGUGGGUUUUGUUGAGUUGGUAUAAAGUUUUUCCAAUUCAUUUGUGUUUUACAAAUGCUAGAUAUUGGUCUAGGAGGCAACAUUAAUGGUACCAACUGGUCACAACUGAGCAAUUAUAAUAAUGCAGAAUAAACACAUGUUGCCUUAAAGGCUUAUCUAGUAUCCUUUCAUCUUAUUUAGCACCGGAGCAAAUAGUCAAGGGAAAUUGAAUCAGUAACUGGUCAUGGUCACGCAUCUGGAAGUGCAUGGACGAUCAUUUAAUACUCUUUUUCCAUUUUCUUCACAUGGUUUGAAAAUUAAGGUGCACAUCACUGGGAUAAUGACAUUUUCUUCUGAGGUGUGCUACCCAUUCUAGCGUGUUCUAAGAAGCAGGCAGUUGAUGUAUGUUUAUAUUUUAAGUCAGCUGUCAAGGGGAGACCACAGCCUUAGUAUGACAUCCUGCACAAUUUGUGAAGCAUUUAUUCUACUGAAGGCACAGUCUUGUUUAUACUUUCUGCACAUUCAGUGUAUUGGUCGUUUAAAUUAUUUCAGUUUUAACUUGUGAAAGCUUAUAAUAUGAUUUCUGGUAUUUUAGAAAUACACUAGCGUCUGUGAGUCUCAUUCUUUAAGAUACAGAUCUGUGAAUUUCAAUAUAAAGUUGCAUUUGCCAAAAUUUACCCGUGUAGCCUGUUACUUUUCUUGGAAUACAUUUUACAUUUUUGGCACUUCAUUUUUUUUUUUCUUUUUGCCCUAGGAGGCAAGCACAAACUAGGAAGACUAGAUUUGUUAUGGUUUUGUUUCUUGAUUUUUGUAGCUACUGUAUUCUGGAACUGGAAAUGCAUGAAUGAUAGGGGGCAUACAGCUGAUAAACUGACAAAUAAUAUUAUCUGAGAAAGCAUUAUUUGGUAGCUUAUCAUUAUUAUCCCUCUAUUUAUUCUUACAAGCCAGUAAUAUUUAGAGGUGUAUACCUGCUUAGUUGCUUGGUUUAGAAUUUUAAUAUAAAUACCACAUUUUAAUUUGGAGCUUGGCAGAAAUUUUGGGUUCUAAGUAUAUAACUUAUAAGAAGGAUAGUUUACAAUAACAUUAUGAUAAAACCAGAAAAACUGUUAUUGGUUUUGUUUGUUUUCCAUUGUUUUUGCUUUUGUUUUUUUGUGGGUUUUAUUUUGUAAUUAAUAAACAAGACUAGGUCUAAUGGAACAGAAUUCUUCAUUGCUACAGUACUUCUGUAAAGCAAAUAUCAAUAUCAAUAUAAAUAAGAAAAAAAUAAAUCAGUGAAAUGUCUCCAUGAUUUAUGCAACCAUUCAGUUUUGCUCAUAUAAGAAUAGCUUAAGCUGUCAUUUAGUGAGCACCCUGUUUGACCUCAUUUUUACUUUAUACCAAAGUUGAUUUGAUCUGAGACAAAGUUUAAUAUACAAUGUUGAACUGAAUCUAGCAAUAAAGGCCCUUUGUUGGCACUAAAAUCAUUAUCCAAAAUACAAUAAAGGAAAUGUUAUCAAAAGGUACUCAGAUAACAUUAUGUUUCUAACUCAAAAAUUUUACAGUAGAGACAUAAUUAUGAUGAUUAUAUUUAUAAAGAAUUUUGCUUAGAUGCUCAAAGAUCACCAGCAAUCAGUAGAAAAUUCAGCAAUGAUCUUGAGACCAGAGAAGCCAGGUUUUAUCACUAACCUCCAUUACAUAGAGAAGAAAACUGAAGCAUGGAUUAAGGGCAGGGGAUUGAGGAGUCAAGAGCAAUGGCCAAGUGAGAUUGCCUGACUCUACCUAGCUAGUUGGAAUAACAGAUCCAGCAGCUUUAGUAAGUGAUCAGCCCCAGUGAUUACUUUUUUGCUGAACUGUAGUGACUUUGACUUAAGCCUACUUUGACUAACUUGGCAUUUCAGGUCAAGGAACAAGAAGAAGUGGGUGAGAUACAUCCUCAGUUAAUCAAUGCAUUUAUAAAUCAAUGAGUAAUGGUAGCAAUUAUAUAAUAAGUGUGCCUCAGUGUCUUGAUGACCAAAUCACAUUUUCUAUUUUGGCACCCAUUCCAAUAUUCAAUAUUUAAAAACAGAAAGCUGGUAAUUAAUCAACUUAUAAAUGUUACUAAUCUUCAACCCAUAAAAAUACAUUCUCACUGGGGAGUCCAACUUCCCUAUGAGAAAGACCCAUUACCAAUAGUACUGUGUCCCUCUUGGACUAGUUACAUCUGAUUGGAACAGUCUUUAAACUGUUUUCCUUAAUGGUGGUGAUGUGUUUGCAUGGAUCUGUCUAUGCUAUCUCAUCUGGUUCCUUUGGUCCCGGUGGGUUUAUCUGUGAGAUAGUUGGCUGGAGUUAGGCAUUUGGUCUGUGACAGUGGAAUCCUAUGCAGUUAUUAACUGAGGCAGGCGGUGAGUAACUUACCCAGUUUCCACAGUGACCCCAUUUAAAUAACACAAAAUUAACCAUGGGGAUAAAUUAAAAGUUAUUUGUAGCACAAUGUAUUGACUGAAUUACCUUCUUUGAAUGUAAGCUGGUUGGAUUUCAACACCAGCAUUUUUCAGAGAAGUUAAUUGGGUUUCCAUUGUUAAAUUGAUAAGGCCACUUACCUAUUUGCCUCUACUUGCAUGAAUGCUACUAGAAUUAUUCAUUUAUUCAUUCACUCAACAAAUAUGUGUCAGGCACUGGGUUUGGUGCUGGGAGCACAGUGGACAACAAGACAGAACAGUCUCUCAUGGAGAAUUCUUAGUCUCUUGGGAAAGACGAACAACUAAAUAUGUAGUAGUAACUAGUUACAAGUAUUACAAUAGUAAAUAUUUCUAAGAUGGAUUUGAUAUUAAUGGCCAUAAAUAGACUGUUCUCCAUUUUCCCUUCAGUGCCUUAUCUUCUAUCUUUGCUCAAUAUUCCUUGGGAUCUUUUAUAUAUCAUAUUCCUUCAGUUCAGAGGGAACCUCCAUUCUGCUCACACUUCAUUUGGAUGAAUCACCAUGUUGUAUUUUAGAAUCCUGAGCUCCCAUGUUGUUAAUGCUAUGUACAAAAUAACAGUGGAGCCUGAAUGUUAAAAGAUCUCCUGCUUUAUGUUGUGACUGUCCACUUCCGCAUGAGAGAUAUUUCAGUUCCUUCGGGAGACAUGGAGAUGUCUUCUCCUCCAUACUCAUAUCUUCCUGCAAGUUAACAUGAGAAUACCUGGGCCAAGUGUAAUCAAAAGAAGUCACUAAGAUGCCAGCUCCCAUGGUGCUCAAGCAAAGAUGGGAAUAGCCUGUGAAACAGUGUACACAUCUUUAUUAUUAAAGCAGGCUAUUCCUUCAACAUUUUUAUUGCCCCUUAUUAGAGAUACAGCAAAACUCCCUAACCCCUAUCAGCUGAAAAGUUUGGUUAGCCUCCUAAGUUUACUUUUAUUGCAAAUACAAUGAAAUGUAUUUACAAUUAUAGAGACACAUUUCUUUUCAGCUAAGCCAUGCAAUAGUGAAUUGUGUUGCAAUGGUGAUAAUUGUAAGACAGUUGUAAAUAGAACCAAAACUCUUAAUUUCCGUGUGUUCACCAUUAGAUAAAUUUACCUUGCUUCAUUCUUUAUUUUACUCCAUGUGUAGCAUAGACUGCAUUGUUAUUGAAACAAACAAAAAAGCUUACGUUAAUUUCAUAUUAGAAAGAAAAGGAAGAAGAUAAGAUGGUAAAUGGUAAUGUUUCAAAUACUGGCUAAACAUGUUAAUUAAGGUAGAUGGUCAUCAAAAUUGUGGGUUAUUUAUGAUUUUGAAAUCUUGUGAGUUUGUUUUCCUGUGCAAAAAUACAUCACUUUCAUGUUUGUUACUAUUAUCUUAUAAAUGUUUUGAAUGGAAAUUGCAGGGUCUUUAAGGUAAUUGUUUAUUACUGACAUUUUUUAUUGUUGUUUUCAACUCUGGGCAUGCUAGUUUUCUGUGACUUUCUCAAGUCCCUCAGAAACCUUUUUUUACACCAUAUUAAAAUGAUAGAAUUGCUCAAUUCUGAGGAACAAGUUCAUAAUUUGUCUAUAUCAUACUUAAAGUGAAGAAAUCAUUUGUAAAUGCGUUAUUUUUUUGCCAUUAGUCAAAACAGUCAAUUAAGUUCUAGAUGCUGAACACUGGAGCAGUGGAGGGAAGUUUUUUUUGCUAACUCUUUUUUGCUUUAUACUGCAGCGUAACAGGCUCCAAAAAAUAUAUUAAAGCCAAGAGGCUUUAACUUUAUAAAAAGAUUAUAUAAUAAGACUUGGCUUUUAAAAUGGAGAUAAAAUCUUUUAUAUCAUCUUCUUUUGCCAAAGGGAUGAUAUCCAUUAGCUGCUCAAACCCUUUGUAUUAAAAAGCUUUUAAAGAUGGUUUUCCUCCUACCAGAUCAGGCAGUUAAUAGAAGGGCUAGAGCCCUGAAAGGCCUGGAAGGAAAGCAAAGAGUAUGUGUUUCCCUCUGAGUGAUUGUAGAGAAAGGCCUCAAAGAAGCCACAGGUAGUUUGGGGUUUGGAAUUAUCCCUUCCUAGCAUUCACAGCCCACCCCUAGCUCCUUCUGGUGCCGCAGGACAAUAUCAUCCUCAGAAAGACACAGGUUUCAAGCUUGGCUUGGAAGAAAAAAACAGUGCCUUUUUUUCUCUGUGUGUUUGGAAACUAAUUCUUGACACAAAUAUUAAAAUGACACGGCAAGUCCUGUUUUAUGGGGUUUUGAAUAGACAAUAAAAUAACAUAUAACUUAUAUGGAUAUUCAAGAUGGAGUGAGGAAGUUAGGUCCUUUAUUAUGGAUGAAAGUUAUAAUAUUAAAAAGCUUUAAUGCUGUAUUGAUAAUCAAGACUCAACAAGCUGAAGUUAAUUUGUUGUUUCUUUUCAUAGCUUUAAGAAAGCAAAAAUAUGACUAGAUGAAGGAGGAGUUUGUUAUUUUCUCCUCCAUCAAAAAAAAAUGUUGAAUUGAAAGCAUUCAUCUUCUCUAGGGAAAACAAGGUGUUUUGAUCCUUUUUAGUAAGCAUUUUUACUCAGACAUAAUGAAAUUCAACAGUCAUUUACUAUGUGCCUACUGCAUGUGUGAUCUUGGGCAAGUUAUUUAACCUUUCUAUGCCUCAGCAAUAAAAUUGAGAUAAUAGUACAUACAUCCUAUAGUUUUUGAGAGAUUUCACUGAGUGCAUCCUUGUGAAGCCUUUCCAAAGAGAGUCCGGCCUCUUAAAUCAAUUCUACUUUUUACUGGCUCUCUCGUAGUUCACCAACUAGCAGUAGAGAUACAAACAAAUUAUGAGACAAUGUGAUAAGUGCUGUAAGGGAGACAUGUGAGAUAAGUGUUAAAGAAACACAGACAAGCAAUUAACUCUGUGAAGAUGGCAGAAGGAAGGUGAGAUGGAAAAAAUGGCAACUGAACUCAGUCUUGAAAGAUAAUUUUAAUUUCAUCUGCUUGACAAAGUUAGGAAAUCCAUUCCAGACAGAGGAAAUAAUAAAAUGAGCAAAAGACAGAGAGAUUUGAAGGCUCAUGAUGUGUUCAAAUCAGAGAAGUCUAAUGUGGUAUGGUGGGGCCUGGGAGGGAAGGGCCAACAUGGCACAGAGAUUAAAAAGCACAAGACUUGAAAGUUUAAGUCCUUAUUCUGUCUCUUACCAGGUUUAUGAUAUGAACAAGUUAAUUAGCUUUUGAGUCUCAGUUUGUUUAUCUAUAAAUGAGUAAGUAGUAGCAAUCACUACUUUUAAAGAUUUGCUUGAAGAUUAAAUGACCCCAAAAUAAUAACUAAGUACUUAGUAUGUGCCAAAGACUAUUCUGGACACUUUUCAUAUAUGAAUUUAUUUGGUUAUCACAAUAAGUAGUUGCUAUUAUUAAGCAUAUUUUACAAGCAAAGAAACUGAAUCAUAAAGAAGCACCUGCACUAGAAGCAGGUGAAACAUGGAUGUGAGCCCUGAGCACAGUACCCAGCCCAGAGCCAACAGUCAAUAACGUUGGCUAUUGUUACCACUGUUGAUUUUAACAAAGUAACUGAAGAAGGUUAGAGACUAAUGGGUGUGAAGUGGCCGAGCAGACACAGAGCCCCAGCCUGCAGACCUCAGCUCCACCUUGCUCUCCUCCCACUGAGAAUGUAAAGGAAGCAAAGAAUAGCACUGAGUUGACUAAUAUGCCUCUCCCUUUUCACGUGGGAUCAUGUUACUACAGAAAGAGGAGAAUCCAUCUGAUCUUCACAUGAUUUUUUAGAAGGGCAAUACUCAAAUUUUACAAGUGGGCUCAACAACUCAUACCACAUGGAGGAUUUUACCUAGAUCUGGCUCAUAUUCUUCCAUGCUGACUCAGGGUUAUCAAACCCCAUGAAAACUGGAGAUUUUACAUGAUGGUUACCACAGGCUGGGCAACAUCUUUUUGGAGUCUCUUGUUAAGUCUCCCCUUCAAAGGCCCACCUUUCAGUGUCACCAUUCCCAGCCAUGUCCCAGCUGUUUACACGUACUUGCCUACACUGAAAUCUCUCCAGAGCCUUCUAUAACACUAGUAGUCAAAGCUAUACAUAGUAAAAGGAUGAUUAAUGAAGAAUAUAAUAGUAGAAUUACCUCAUGAGUCCUGUUUGCUUGGUAUUCUUAAAUCCACAUGGUCCUUACACUUCUAACUAUUGACUCAUAAUCGGUUGUUUACGUACCUGGUUAUCCUUCACUGAAUUUUGUAAAGCUGUUGUUCUGCCCAUUUGAACCUCCCUGCAUUCAUCCCAAUUGAGCUUCAUUCUUUUUAUUUGACCUCUUACUUUACCAGUAAUUGUACCAAGGUGAUUCACCUUCUAAAGAGGUAGACAGCUCUAAAGAGGUAGAUGGCUGCCACCAUCCCUCCGCACCAAUUUGGCGAUGUUUGUGAUCUCAGUAAAUAUAGUUUCUAUUUAAUUAGCCUGUGCAGCAUGGAAAAGGGUGCCAGCCUGGCUGUCAGGAGCUGAGCUGCUGACCAGCUGCAAGCCCUGGUCAAUUCACCUGACCUCUUAGUUCCCUCAGUGAAGGGGUUGAUCUCUUAAAGUUCCCCAGCUUGGAAAAAUCUAGUUUGUCCAUCUGGAUCACCGAUGUCCUCAGGACAUUAAUUACAUGGUUAUUUCUAAUAGGCAUAGCUUGCCAUUGUUGACACUGAUCUGCUGAAAUCCACUUCCUUUGUACAAUAUUUCAACUAACUAGGUUCCUACCUAAGCAGUUGUAGGCCCAAGCUGAUUCCAGCUUUUUGAUAUCAGCACUAGAGAAUAUCUAUGGCAUAUUCAAAUACUUUGACUGGGCUUCUGGUUUAUUCAUGUACUAACUCUAAUAGUAGCACUUUUAAUUUUAAUCAGGCAGACUUUAUGCUCUCCUUCCAUUUCAAAUCACCAAAUUAUGGAUAUUUGAGCCCUGUUAUUCCUUUUUAUGUUCUAUUUUCAAUUAUAAACCAUGGAUUUCUUCUAGAAGGCACCAAAUUUGUUUCAAGUUCCUAUUUCAAAUAUGUAGAAACAUAAAAUUAGGGAAAAUAUCUUAGUACCUCCACAGUUUGGAAUUACAGAAUGAUCUGUCUUUGAACAAAUGGAUAGGCACUUAAUAAGCACAUACUGUGUACAAGAAGUUGUACUGGGUGUUUAAUAAAUCUUUUAAUUGAAUUUGGUAUUGGCUGAAGUUUUGGUGUUAAAGUCUUGUAAAAUGAACACAAAUUUAGUUUUCUUUUUGUAGUUUUUGCUGCACCUCACAUGCAUGAAGAAAGUGGCUUUCAAA